UGUCAACCUUUCAAUUUUUUGUUGUGCUGUUCAUUCAAUAUUUUGGAAACGUAAUAGCUCGUGACUAAGCGAUACAUUUGAAAUUUUUACUCCAAUGUUUACUGAAAAGCUAGAAUAAAUUAAAACCAAUGGCUCUUCCUAAUGUCUGUCGUUGAGAGGUCGGAUUUUUUUACUCAUCAAAUCGGAAGGACUAUCACGUCUUAUAUUUUUAUUAUUUUGUUCAUCUUUCUUCUUUUUGCCAUCAGUGUGUCAACAAUGGAGGUCUCCCAGGUGACUCUGACUGUCGGCGGAGAAACGUGUCCAGGGGAAGUGAUUGCCGUGGUCGGGAGUUGUGAAUCCCUUGGCAACUGGAGCUACCAAAAAGCGGUGGUCUUGAACACCCUGAGCGGAGAGGGGAAUACAUGGACGACAACGGUCACCAUUCCCAGGAGAGUCGAGGUCAAGUACCGCUUCUUCAAGGGCUUCUUUCUGGACCCAAAAAGCGUGGGCGAGCCUUGUCAGGUGAUAGUCAAUGUGUGGGAGAGCCAUCUUCAGCCCCGCACCAUGAGCCCCACAGCAUCCCACCUGAGUGUCAACAACGGACAGUUUGGAUUUCACAAUGGUUUCAAUUCCACCGACAUCGGCUGGCUCACAUGCCAGACGGAGAUCCGCUUACGUCUGCACUAUUCCAAGAUGCCUCCGGUGUCAAUCACUAAGAAGAAAUUCAAGAAGUCGCGCUUUAGAAUCAAACUGGCGCUGGAGGGCGUUGAGGAGGAGGACGAUGAGGAGGAAGGGGAAAGCAGUCCUUCAUCCCCCCACAAGGUGCCCACCACCCUGGAGAUCAGCAUGAUCAGCUCCAAAUGCUACAAGUCGCGCCACUCGCAGCCCGAGUGCGGCUACGCCCUGGCGCCUUCGCAAUGGACCGAGUACAGCAUCCACAGCAUGGACCCUGACAACCUGGAGCUCACUUUUGAGUUCUUUGAGGAGGAUCUGAGCGAGCGCGUGGUCCAGGGCGACCCUCAACCGGGGCACAUGGGCACCGCCUGCCUCCUCUCCUCCACCUUCUCGGAGAGCGGCCGGGACCACGGCCUGGUCACGCUGCCCAUCAUGGGGCGCAACUCCAGGCAGACCAUCGGCAAAGUGCGAGUGGACUACCUGGUGAUCAGGCCCAUCUCGGGGCUGCAAUGCGACAUGAGAGCCACCUUCACAAAGUACUGGAAGAAAGGAAAGCCCUUGAAAGUGGGCCACCGGGGAGCCGGCAGCAUGCACGCCGCCAAGCAUCACAGAGUGCGAGAGAACACCAUCGCUUCGUUUCGGAGCGCCGCCAAUCACGGGGCCGCCUACGUGGAGUUUGACGUCCACCUCUCCAAGGACACGGUGCCCAUCGUGUACCAUGACCUCACGUGCUGCAUCGCCACCAAAAAGAAGAAAGAUGACCAGACUGUAGAGCUAAUCGAAGUCCCUGUGAAGGAUCUGACUUUUAAUCAGCUGCAACUUCUGAAGCUGGCUCACGUCACCGCCAUGAAGGGAAGCGACCUCAAAGACGUGAUGGAGGAUGACGAGGAAAUUGACGAGCAUCAGCCCUUCCCGUCACUUUCGCAGCUCUUCCAGGCUGUCCCAGAAAACGUGGGCUUUAACAUCGAACUCAAAUGGAUCUCUCAGAUGAAGGACGGGUCAUGGGAUGGCAACAUGUCCACCUACUUCAACAUGAACAAGUUCUUAGACAUCAUUUUGUCCUGCAUUCUGCGGGAAGGAGGCGAGCGACGUAUCGUCUUUUCUUGCUUCGACCCCGAUAUCUGCUCCAUGGUGCGCCGCAAGCAGAACAAGUACCCCAUCCUUUUCUUGACGCAGGGCGUCUCUGAAAAGUAUCCCGAGCUGAUGGACAUCCGCUGCCAGAACACCGAGAUCGCCAUGAGCUUCGCUCAAAGCGAGGAUAUCCUAGGCAUCAGCGCUCACACCGAGGAGCUGCUGAUCAACGUGAACCUCAUCAGGGAGGCGCAGGUCAAAGGCCUGGUGGUGUUCAGCUGGGGCGACGAUAACAACGAGCACGAGAACAGGAGGAAGCUGAGGGAGCAGGGCAUCGAUGGACUCAUUUAUGACAGAAUUACAGAAUCCUCACUGCCAAAUUCUGACUCGAGUUCCUCAGAUUGCUGUAAAGUCUCUCUGGCAUUUUAGUGCUUGGAUGCUCAUUUUUUACCUUGCCAAUGGCCCUCAAUGAUAAUGCAAGACAGUUGACUCGUCCUACACACUGGGACUGAACCCGGGCGGUUGGUCAACUGCCUUGAUUUAUCAUUCUUUUUGGCCUCAUGGACUCUGGCAUGCCCCCCCAAUUUGGCUGAGUUGCUUCAAACAUGAAUGAAUAGCUUUUGCAUGAGGCACUUGGCGUGUUUUCACUACAACAGCUACCUGCCAAAAAACAGCCCCCGGGCCAAGGUUUGAACAAGCAGACAGUCCUAACGAGCCUCUUCAAACAUUCCUCCUAACAACUGUUAAUUUGCGCAUAUGGAGAUUUAACGUCAAGGAUUUUCGUAGUGUAAACAUUACAGAGCAAACACUCUGUUUUGAUCUCUGCAGCAUGUGAUGCUCCGGGGAUUAAGCGUGAUUGUCCCUAAAGGGAUUGACGUAUCGCUUUACUUGAAAAGCUUAAAAGCUCACCAGCCUUCUGGCUGGCCUCAACAUUUGGGCUACUUAGCUUUCUCUCUCUUUCAUGAGUGUGUCACACUCACACACGUUACUGGGAAAAAAUCCUUAAACUGUAGACAAAAAACAAAUCAGUAUGGUGAACCUCUUACAGAUCCAGCUGACCUCUUCAUCAAUAUGCACUUUCCGGCUCAAAGUGGAACGCUUAACAGAUGGGCUAUUGUGUGCUUUGGCACCGUGGCAUGGCAUCCUACAAUCUGAUUGCAGUUCAUAGAAUAUAAAAUGCCUUGAGCUUUGGGAAGAAAAACAAACCCAAGCCUGCAGUUUUAUUUUGAGGCCCAUUUAGAAGUAUUAGUAAGUGACGUAAGAGCAAUUAAUGCAAUCAACCGUGGAGAGAAAAAUGAAAGCAGGUUUGUAUGCAUUGUGCUAAUGUCAACAAAAAUGGGUGCAUGAACAAGUUUAUUCAUAUCCCAUAUUUGUAGCUUGCAAAAUGCUGACUAGCUUAAUUGUUGCUCACUUGUUUCCUGUACUCUAAUAACCGUAUUGUUUGGU